AUGUCGAAUUUGACAAUAAGAGUAGAAAAUAUGAACGGCCAACAGCACAAAAUACAAGUAAAUAGCUCGUGGACUUAUGCUCAGCUUCACAACCAAUUUGUGCAAAUGUUUGGAGGUGGUGAAUUAUGUGUGAUUUUUGGGAAUAAGUAUUUGAGUAUAGUCACUCAAGGAACUGCUACUUUGGAACAAUUAAGAUUUACUGAUAACUGCGUCAUUCGUGUGCUACAGCAGAUGAAGAACUUGGCGAUAAGAGUAGAAGAUAUGAACGGCCAACAGCGCACAAUACAAGUAAACAGCUCGUGGACUUAUGCUCAGCUUCACAACCAAUUUGUGCAAAUGUUUGGAGGUGGUGAAUUAUAUGUGAUUUUUGGGAAUAAGUAUUUGAGUAUAGUCACUCAAGGAACUGCUACUUUGGAACAAUUAAGAUUUACUGAUAACUGCGUCAUUCGUGUGCUACAGCAGAUGAAGAAUUUGACGAUAAGAGUAGAAGAGAUGAACGGCCAACAGCACAAAAUACAAGUAAAUAGCUCGUGGACUUAUGCUCAGCUUCACAACCAAUUUGUGCAAAUGUUUGGAGGUGGUACAACAUAUGUGAUUUUUGGGAAUAAGUAUUUGAGUAUAGUCACUCAAGGAACUGCUACUUUGGAACAAUUAAGAUUUACUGAUAACUGCGUCAUUCGUGUGCUACAGCAGCUCAAGGGAUGUUAG